CCAGUAGGAAACUCGUCAGCAGAUGCUGUACAGGAUUUGUUAGUUCAUGGAAAUAACCUAUUAUCAGCUGCUGGUUCAGCUAUCAAUGUCUGGGAUAUGAGGAAUAUGUCAUUUUUUGGUCGCUUGGUUGGUCACAAUGGUACUGUUGUGACUAUGGAAGCACUUACUGAUGAUAUUAUAGCUAGUGGCUCAAGAGAUCGCCUCAUAAAACUCUAUGAUGCAUCACAGAUUUUUAGUUCUGAGCAAGGAUUUUCCCAACAACCACAGUCAACACUGAGUCCUACUCAUUAUGACACUGUCUCCUCCUUAGCAUUUAAUAAUGACACUUUAUACAGUUCUUGUGGUGUUAGUAUUAAGAAGUGGGACUUAUCGAAACAGAGCUUAGUGCAGGCUGUAGAUGGUGCCCAUCCACAAAAUAGAGGAAACACUAUAACAUCACUCAAGGUUUUAUUGCCAUCAAUGCUUGUCAGUACCUGUAAGAGUGGUUACCUUAAAAUGUGGCAAAGUGACAGUUGUCAAAAUAUUGGCGACAUACAGGCACACAAAAUGGCCAUAAACUCGCUGGCUGUAAAUAAGCACUCUGCCUUUACUGGAUCAAGUGAUAAAACUGUCAAGAUAUGGCGUCCUAAUUAAAGUGAUCAUGUACCUCCAGAUAUCAUAUUUUUAUUCAAUUCAAAUUGACUUCACUGAAUACUGAUAAUGUACUAUAAAUUUUAUGUCUCACUAAAAUGAGUAUAAAUAAUAAUAAUAAUAAUAAUAAUAA